AUGGCUCAUCUCAACCGUCAGAAUCCAAUGCGAAACCUAACUGCUGUCCCUGGCCUGGGUACUUCACGAGCCAAAACUGCGACUUCUGGUCUGCUGUCGCUGCAAAGUACUGCAGAACGAAGCCUGCUCGAUGCAAUCGACCAAGCGAGAUCUCAUGAUGUGAAUCAUGAAUUGGAUUUGCCGCAGUUGGUGGUCUGUGGGAGUCAGUCCUCAGGAAAGAGCUCGACACUCGAGGGUUUCAGCGGAUACUCCUUCCCUCGUGGAGAAAGCACAUGCACUAGAUUCGUUACCGAAAUCCAAUUCCGGCGAGACCCUGUCCGAUCCGUCAAGGUUUCCAUUAUUGACAAGACGAACACCAGACAACAUGUAGGAUCGGAGUCAAUAACGUGGUCCAAGACUGAGCAAGAUCUUGACCCAAAAGAUCUUCCUAGGUUGAUUGAAGAGGCAAAGAUUCGAAUGGGCAUCUCCAAUAACAACAGUUCGUUCUCCAGAGACAUAUUGAGAGUACAGAUUUCGGGCCCUGACCAUUGUCCUUUGACCUUGGUUGAUCUUCCUGGAAUUAUCGAGUCUCAUUCCAAAAACAAGCAAAACGUCGACCUCAUCAAAUCAGUAGUGGAUGAGUGGAUCACGCAGAAGCGAUCCAUCAUUUUGGUAGUUGUUGAUGCAAGAAAUGAUGCCGAAACGCAGGGUAUCUUGUCAAGAGCACGAGAAGUCGAUCCACACGGAGAAAGGACCUUCGGAAUAAUAACAAAACCUGAUUUAGCUCUCCCAAACUCGAAGCAAGAACGAUAUUGGAUUAGGCACGCUCAAAAUCUACCCCCAACCAUGGUCGAAUUUGGCUUCAAGAAGGGUUGGCAUGUUCUAAUGAACCGGGGCUUCCAAGAUGUCGAGCAAGAAACGUCUUCGAAAGAUCGAGAUGACAAGGAAUAUGAAUUCUUCACCGAUUCUAGCAAAAAUUGGCAUGAAGUGGAUUCAGCAUAUUGGGGAGUAGAGGCUUUGCGACGGAGGUUAAGUCGACUGCUUUACGAGCACACCCGAACCCAGCUGCCUCAGGUCCAGAGAGACAUCCUCGCAAAGCUCGAAGAAAAGUACGCUCAUUUGGAACGUCUUGAAGAUAAGACAAAAAAACCCGAACGCAUCUGGGCAGAUUUCCAGCGAGGAAGAAUGAGUCUGCUACGUCUGGUAACAGUCGGGGUUGAUGGAAAAUACAAUGAUGCUUUCUUCUCAGACAUUCAUGGAUCCCCUGCCUUGUAUCUGAGAUCACGACUUGAAGAGCAGUACGAGGAUUUCCAGCGGGAGAUGAUUGAGGAAAGCAGCGACAUUACCAUGCCAUCGAAAGAUGGAACUUUACCCCUGGAUAACUCCCAUUUGGUCGAGCAGGUUAGAAAGGUGAUGCAGGAAACCCGUGGCGAAGAAUUACCGGGCCAUUUUGAUCCACAGAGAUUGGACUUGCUUUUCUGGAGACACUCGAAUGGCUGGAACUCCAUUGCUUCCAAGCAUUUGGACAUCGCUCAUCAGCAUUGCGUCCAGUUUCUAGACGAAGUAAUUCAUAACCACCUCCAGGAUCAAGUCCCUGGCCUUCCCAAACAAGUAGGCAGCACGAUCGUUGCCGAUAUUCGCAAGUCACUCAAGAAACUCAAAUCCGAUGCCAAAGUUGAAUUACAAAAGCUUGAGACCGACCGCAGGAGAUCAACCAAGACCCUAAACCAUACAUUCUUACGCAUUUCUCAGGAGAACAAGCACAAGAAGCUGCAACGCAUGUUCAAUCGAGCUCAACACGUCGAGGAAAAUACAUCCUCCGACCCGAACACUCGCAAACCUCGGAUGACGCCGAGCUACAUCUCGAAAAUCGCAGGACAGGAAGAUUUGGCCACAGAAAAUGCAGAAACUAUUGCGGAAGACAUGUUAGCAUUCUUGAGAGUCUCACGAGAAGUCUUUAUCGACAACGUGGUUAUUCAAGUCAUCGAGCGCCAUCUUCUGGCUGAUCUCCAUUCGCUGUUCUGUGGUGACUUUGGUAUUGACGAAGGCACUUUCCGUAGCAUGCUGCAGGAUGAGGAUUAUCAGGCAAUCGAGGACGAGAAGCAAGCCUUGGAAGGCGAGGUCAAAGCUUUGCAGGCUUGCUACGAUGCUCUACGAUGA